UGUGCCUCACCACCUAAACACAUCCGCCCCCGCACAGCCCCGCCCCUGCCUUCCAGCGUCAGAGCCCCUGCGACCGCGCGACGUCAUCCGACGGUGACCCGAAGCUGUCACCUGAAACCUGUGGCAAUUAAGAGCUCGUAACUCUCCGUCCGGGGAUGUUCCAUGGGGCCUGCAGACUUGGGGAGGGAAGGAAGCGACUGAUCGAAUGAGCCAGGGAUUCCCCCCGGGCAGAUUAUAUGGCUCUCUACCCACUGAAAACUAUAAUGAAAGAGAAAUCUGUACACAUCUAAUAACGGCAUAUACGCUUCUUAAUGGUGUGGGAAAGAGCCAUGGUGUCAUGGAGAGGGAUAUAUUUUGUGCUUGCAUUGUUCCUGGGAAGUUUCUUUGGCAGCAUUUUUAUGCUUGGCCCUUUCCUCCCUUUGAUGCUUGUGUCUCCGAGAUGGUAUCGCUGGAUAACAGACCGGAUUGUGGCCACCUGGCUGACUUUACCCGUGGCCUUGCUGGAGUUGGUUUUUGGCGCAAAAGUGGUGAUCACUGGCGAUGGAUUCAUUCCUGGAGAAAGGAGCGUGAUCAUUAUGAACCAUCGCACUAGGCUAGACUGGAUGUUCUUAUGGAAUUGCUUGCUUCGCUACAGCUACCUCAGGCUCGAAAAAAUCUGCCUCAAAUCCAGUCUGAAAGCCGUCCCAGGAUUUGGAUGGGCCAUGCAGGUUGCUGCCUUCAUUUUUAUCCACAGAAAAUGGGAAGAUGAUAAAAAUCACUUUGAAGCGAUGCUGGAUUAUUUCUGUGAUAUAAAGGAGCAUCUUCAGAUUCUCAUAUUCCCAGAAGGGACUGAUCUGACAGAUAAUACCAAAGCCCGUAGUGAUGAAUUUGCAGAAAAGAAUAAACUGCAAAAAUAUGAAUACGUCCUACACCCAAGAACAACAGGAUUUACCUUUAUUGUGGAUCGUCUAAGGGAAGGUAACAACCUAGACGCUAUCCAUGACAUCACUGUGGCCUACCCCCACAACAUUCCUCAGACCGAGAAACAUAUCUUAAACGGAAACUUCCCCAAGGAAAUCCACUUCCAUGUCUGCCGAUACCCCGUCAGUAGCGUGCCCGUCUCUAAAGAGGAGCUUCAGCUCUGGUGCCAGGAGAGAUGGAAGGAGAAGGAAGAUCGCCUACGUGCCUUCUACCAAGGAGAGAGAUACUUUGAUGCCACCAGGCGCAGUAGAAUCCCACCGUGCAAGUCCGAGUUCCGUGUGCACCUAAUAAAGUUGGCAUCACUGCUGUACUGGACGCUGUUUCCCAUAGCUAUGAUUGUACUCUUGUACCUGUACAGCCUGGUGCGAUGGUACUUCCUGGUGGUUACUGUCCUUUUUGUCCUACAGGAGAAGAUUUUUGGUGGACUUGAGCUGAUCGAGCUGGCGUGCUACAGAUAUUACACCAGGAGGUAUAAGACAGGGUGAGCUCUGUGUCUGACGUCACAAGGGCUUUUGCAUGGAAAUCAACGAAGGUUUUUGUUUUUUCACCAUUAUUCUUUUUUUUUUCAAGGAACGCUUUCAACAUAGGAUUUAUCGAACAGACCUGUCAACCAGCCUUUAUUCUUAAAGUGACAAUUUCAUCACAAAGAACCUUUUUUUUAUUUACACCUGAAAUCAUGAGGAAUCUUUAUGUAACUAGAUUCGGGUCAAGUUCUAGCCACUUUGUAAUCGCAUAUAUCUCACUUUAUUUGUGUGGCCAUCUUAUUCAUUCCAGCAUCUUGCUGAGUUUAGAGCUAGCACUAGCUGUUAUUGCUUUAAAGACCCUACAGCACCAAGAGAUUAUGCGUCACUGCUAUCAUAUGCCCUUUUUUUAAUUUUUUCAUAUUUUUUUAUACAAGGCAAAAUGCUGCUGUGCCGUUUCCCGACGGGUGAUCAAGUUUGUAUUUUUAAAGAAGAAAACCUCAGUGGUUCUUUGAGGGAUGCAACAAAUAUACUAUUUUGGAUUCGGCCGAACCCAGAAUCCUUCGCGAAAGAUUAGGAACCGAACCGAAUCCUAAUUUGCAUUAGGGGUGGAAAGGGGAAACAUUUUACUUACCGUAUAUACUCGAGUAUAA